UGGUUUAUAUAGCCAGGGCUGCUCCAAAUGAGCGUUACGAUAUUCUGAAUACCCCUAUUUACCGAAUGGUUGGCUCCGUUGCCAUGCUGUCUUGUGUAGACAUUCUCCAGGGUGAUGGAGGAGAUGAUGUAGUUCCUCGGCCCGAAAAUACAAAAUUCAUAACGUUGUUCGGUUUAAAAACGUAAUCCGUGCGCCCCGUAACAACGGUUACAAUGGCCGGUAUAAGAACAGUUAACGGACAAUUCUCGGGAAUCAACCCCGCAGUCAGUUGCUGUCGCCUGCGUCAGGUUCAGUCUCUGCUCUGUGAGGGUGGUGCUGCCACUCCUGAUGGCAUCUUGUGCUCUCUUGGUAUUGACAGCAGAUAUAAUGCAGGGUGCACUGAGCUGGCGAAAUACCUGUUCUAUGGACUGUAUGGACGAAAUCAGCUGAAUUUGGAACAUGUCCUUGAGGAAUUUCCGGAAGAAAUGCUGGAUGAUGUGAUCCUACUGAUCAAGGCGGAGUGUGUUCAUCUGUACUGCAACCCACUAAACUACAGUUACCUGUUGCCCUACAUCUCUCACUGGAGGAACCUGCAUCUCUACUGCAUGACAGAGACAGAGUAUGAAGAUGAGGAAGCAGCAGAGGAAUUCAAAAUCUCCAGCUUUGUCACUAUGGUGCAGGACUGCUAUCGUAUUGGAGUACCUUACAGCUCCCAGGGACACAUCCAGAAGUUUGAUAUGUUUAUGGUGGAAAAGUGGCCCCUUAUUCAAGCAUUUGCCCUGGAAGGCAUCGGUGGAGGAAGCUUUUUUACCAUUAAAUACAAGCUUAUGGAUAUGAGUGAGAAGCUUUGGCAGGUGUACGCCAGACUUGACCCAGUGUCUCUGGACAGUCUCCUUGCAGAGGAUUUGGCUAUUUUUGAGAAGCAGUGGAGUGGCUUUUUCUCCAGCAUGGACCUAGAGAGCCAUCUGUCCAUCCUUGAGCUGUCUGAAGCUCAGGCAGGGGAGGCAUUCCGUACUUAUUACUCUCAUGGACUGAUCUCAAGCAACAUCACAGAUAAAAGUAAAAGUCAGCAGCCGUUUGUGUUGUUUGGGAAGCAUUCCUCCUUAGAGGAUCUGGAGAGCUAUUCGUUCAACUUUCCCUCAGAGAGUCAUCAGGUCCGCAACACAGGCCCUCGAGGUUCCACAGCCAGACACAUGGUUCUGCAGUGUGUGGCUCCCAAAGGACCUCUAGCCUGCUCUCGAACCUAUUUCUUUGGGACUACUCACACUCCGUACCUUGGAAAUCAAAACACGGAGCAAAAGAAAACAGAAGUCUUACUAUUAUCACAGAUUUAUUCAGCUGCUGUUCAAGCAGUCCUUUCAGGAAUCAAAUGCUACUCCUGUACCUCCAGUGCUACCAAGGCUAAGGAUGUAGCAGAGAACACCUUCCUCGUGACUUUGGACUCAAUGAAUUUAAGUCAGUACCGCAGCUUUCUCAGGUCCAAAUGUGAAUUCAGCAUUCAAGCAGUGAACAAGCAAGGGAGGAUCAUUCCUCUGACUGAUGAAGAAAGCCGUUAUGUAGUUAAGACAGCCUCCAUGACUGUCCAUGACAUCCCAGACCUGCAGCAGGACAGGGGGGACCUGGGCUCUGUGGUCUUCUCUGAAUCCUUCUUGGAGUCCAGCAUCAACAUUCAGCAGAAAGAUGGCACUGUGUCCUCAGACAGCUGCUACACCAUCCUGACGACAACUGUCCCUCGCUACGCCUGCUGGCUGAUGGAGUCUGAUGUAAAGCAAUCUGAGCAAGCCCAACAUCUUACUAAGAAAGAGGAAGACACUUGUCUUGGAACUGCUCUGACUCUAGCAGAUGCUGCAUAUGUAUUCUCCAGCAGCCAGCUCUCCACGCCCGAAGAAGGGAAGAUCAUUUUCUUCUCUGAGGGGCUCCUGUUUAUCCAUUCUCAAUAUGGGAGCAUUACUCUUUCCAGGGAUCACAUCAGCACUAUCAAGUUCUACAAUCCGGACUCCAGCACUGUGGCUUCUCUCUUUGUGGAGUAUGAGAGCAGCCUGCUCCCACACCUCCCGUUCCCUCUCCACAGCUCUGACCAGUGUCUGGUCUUUGCUCUUCAGCCCAGGUCUAAGAGCCACAGGGCCUUCUAUUCCAAGGUUUUGUCAGUGUGGCAAAACUCUGAAUCUGGACUCACUCUGCAGUUGCUGGACCGAGAACAAAUGACCUGGACUCAGAAAAACAUGCACACCAGACUGCAGAAGCUGCACGACAGUCAGGAGCCCCCAGUGGCAAAACGAAGAGGCAGCCUGAAAACUUCAUACUCCCAGCUGCCAGAGCAGGACAUGUUUCUUCAGCACUUUGCCCUUAGUAGCAUUAGCCAGGAGCCCAUUCUGUAUGACCACCUGGGAGUGCUCUUCCCCUCUGCAAAGCUUAAGAACCCAGUCAUUGGCCGGGGAGACAAGGUUGUCAUUACCAUCAUCACUGGACUGCCAGGAAGCCAUAAGAAGAGACUCUGCAACUUCCUAGUCCAGCUGAACAAGGAACGUGGAAGGUGGGUGGUGUACGAGCCUGGUCCUGACAGCUGUGACAGCUUCUCAGCCUCUCACCUCCAGCAGUAUUUGUCCAGCUUCCUGGAGAGCCAGAGAGGCCCGGGAGGCAAACCCCGUUUGUUGGUGCUCUCACCUGGAUACACAGAUGUUCUGGAUGUGGUCCAGGCUGUGCUUUUCCACCCUGACCCAGUUGUCCAAGCGUGUUUCACCAUUGGUGCUGUCACUGCGUGUGUGGACCCGUUCGCUUCCUGUUUGGAGCACAGGUUUGCCUUUCCUAAGCUGUUGGAGCAGUGCAGCCAAGGUAUUGUGAGUACAGUGGUGUUCACCGGGUUGACAGCAGAGCAGAAGCACCCUCUCUUGCUGCAUGUUCAGCAGUUGGUACGCUCUGCCAACCCCACUGCAGCCUUCAUACAAGCAGAGAGAGGAGCUGUCACCAGGAAUGAAGAUGUGAAUCUGAUAUUGUCUGAGAGCAGCUUCAGUGAUCCACAGAUGCUGAGAGCACGUUAUGUCCUCUAUCCUGGAUGGUGCAAAGGGUGCUUCUCCUCUGGUUCUGGGUCUCUGGUCCUCACCCAGCAGCGCGUGGCUUUCAACCGGCCCCUAGAGAGGCCUCUAUUUGUCACCCGCUGUAAAGCAUUCAAGUCAUCGCUAAGGCCAAGCCCCUUCCAAGGAAAUGUGUACAAUGUUUGGGGAAAAGUCAGAUUUUCUGACUCAGAAAGACUGAUGGAGGUGAGCUACAACACAGUGAGUGGGAGCCUGAGCAUUGUCUCAGAACAGAGCAUUGACCCUCUCACCCUGGGCCCCAAAGAGACCAACACUUCCUGCUUCAUGAUCUUUGAUGGUGUUGACCUCACAGAGGAGGGUCUGAAGGACUGGCUCAGACUGUGCACCAAGCAGAAGCAGACAAAGAAACCUAAGAAGACUAAAAAUACUCUUUCACCACACGAAAUCAAGACUAUACAUAUGACCAGGCACUUAGACCCACUGCCACCAGGCUACUUCUACAACGGUUAUCAAUAUGUUGACAUCUUUGGAGAAAAAAGGAACUUCCAUCCUAACAUGGAAGAAUUUAUUAAAGAGUACAUCGCUGAGGCCAACAAAGAGAUCGAGCUAUUCAACCGUCAGCUGGAGCUGCAGGGCCAGCCUGACCUGUUUGAUCCAUGAUAGAAUCUGUGUGUAUGUCCACUGCCUCCAUCUGUCUUAUUUAACUCUAAGGCAUCCACUUUGGGGCAGGAGGGGGCGGGCA